GAGACGUCAACGAGUUGUAGCUUCCUCUCGGCGCGAGAGUGCAAUCAGGGAGCUGCGAUGGCGCACGUUGCAUCGUGGCCCUUGCCAGCGAAGCCUAUCACCUCGAUCCCUUCGGAGUGGAUCAGCCCAGCUGUAACGUGACGUGCAAUCAUUGUAGCAACGUGAAUACCAUGAGCUCACCAUCAGGCCUCGCCGGCCAAGUAUAAUCCGCCUUGCUGCCUCCUUGCUGUCCUGCAGAGAAAACCGCCGCGCCUGAGUCACACAGACUAUUCCUCACUUUGCAGAUACCAUGAGACUCAUCAUUCGAGACGACAAGGCCACGGCCUCGAAGUACAUUUCCGACUACAUUAUCGACCGCGUCAAGACUUUCGAUCCAACGCCAACCAAACCGUUCGUUCUCGGCCUGCCAACGGGGUCGUCGCCAGAGGGCGUUUACAAGAACCUCGUCCGCGCACACAAGAAUGGCGACAUCUCCUUUCGCAAUGUCAUCACCUUCAACAUGGACGAGUACGUGGGGAUACCGCGCGAGCAUCCGGAGUCGUAUCAUAGCUUCAUGUACAAGCACUUCUUCAGCCACGUCGACAUUGACCCUGCGAACAUCAACAUCCUGAAUGGCAAUGCCGAUGACCUGGAGGAAGAAUGCAUUGCCUACGAAGAGAAGAUCAGUCGGGCGGGUGGCAUCGAAUUGUUUCUCGGAGGCAUAGGCCCAGACGGCCACAUUGCGUUCAACGAGCCUGGUUCGAGCUUGCAGAGCAAGACCAGAGUGAAGACCCUCGCCUACGACACCAUACUCGCCAACUCACGCUUCUUCGGCCACGAUGUCAGCAAAGUGCCCAAGAUGGCCCUGACGGUUGGCAUCCAAACCGUCCUCGCUGCCAGAGAAGUUGUCAUCAUUAUUACUGGCGCCCACAAAGCUCUAGCUCUCCAAAAGUGCAUCGAAGGCGGCGUCAACCACAUGUGGACACUGUCAUCCCUGCAAAUGCACCCACACGCGAUGAUCGUCGUAGACGAAGACGCCACUCUCGAACUACAAGUCAAGACAGUGAAGUACUUCAAGUCUAUCGAACAAGUCGCCGCUUCACAAGGUUUUGACCAAGUCUUGACAUCCGAGGAUAUGAUGCUCAAAAAGCGCGACUCUGUGCUGGAAAAGCUCGACAGCCCGAGAAGUUCCAUGGACAAGUCGUUCACAGUGUCGCCAGAGCUUACACUACCUGGAGCUGGCAGCACGAGUGCGCUGGCUCUUCCUGCAAGUCAGGGGAUCACAAGACCUGUCACACCUGAACUCAUCCCUGACUCGAUGCACGACAGAUUGCCAGAUCAGCCUGUGGCUGGCAAAUUGGCGGGAUUGGAAGUCAAAGAUUUGCCGAUUGUUCCUAUGCAUGAGCGCGUCGACUCUGCUACAGCGGCUUAGGUGCUCACUGUGGAUCCGAAGAACAGUCCUGAUUGAGACUGAGAUUGAACUAAGUGCUGGAUGAGAAAAUCAGAGAGUGGUACCUAUCAAAUUGACUGAGGAGACACAACUUAUGUAUUCUGCUGUGUACUGCAUUGCCGCCAUGCAACUGCGAAAAACUUUCUACAUAUAUACUAGACUUCCUGUUACACAAUAGAUGCAGUCAUGUUUACUGCGACGUUGCACCCAAG